CGUAUCAUACUAGGCAAACAGCCAAAUCGCUUCUCUCAAACAUUUUAUCAAACACUUAAAAGGAGUGCGAGUGAAAAUGAGCGGUACAGUGAAGAAGAUCGCCGAUGUAUCAUUCAAAGCCGGUAGGACUAUUGAUUGGGAAGGAAUGGCGAAGCUUCUGGUCACCGAUGAAGCCAAAAAGGAGUUCUCUAAUCUCCGUCGCGCUUUCGAUGAUGUCAACUCCCAACUCCAGACCAAGUUCAGCCAGGAACCUGAACCUAUCAACUGGGAGUAUUACAGAAAAGGAAUUGGUUCUCGCUUGGUAGACAUGUACAAAGAGGCCUACGACAGCAUUGAGAUCCCCAAGUUUGUGGAUACGGUGACUCCUCAGUAUAAACCAAAAUUUGAUGCAUUGUUGGUGGAGCUGAAAGAAGCCGAGCAGAAAUCUCUAAAGGAAUCCGAAAGAUUAGAAAAAGAAGUUGCAGACGUGCAAGAGUUGAAGAAAAAACUUAGCACCAUGACAGCUGAAGAAUACUUCGAGAAGCAUCCUGAGCUCAAGAAGAAGUUUGAUGAUGAAAUUCGAAAUGAUUACUGGGGCUACUAGUCGGCUUCAUACAGUGGGUUCGGGUCAACUUUAGGAUCGAUUAUCCAAGUUUUUCAUCCCUGAUUAGGAAUAAAAGAAAAAGAACUACUACUUGGUUUGUUUCAUUUUCUGGGUCUUUUGGAAAAUGUUAACUACAGUGAAUCUCAUCACUUGGACAUGCAAAUGUGGCCUCGCCUUGGAGGCAAACGAUGUUUUGAGUGGAAAAAUAGAUCAAAAUUCCAUCAAUGAAGCAAAUCUUGAAUUCUUUUUUU